CUACAAGAGGUUAAGAUGAUAUUAAUAAGAAAUAAUAAUAACAAUGCUCCUUUUGCAGGUUUUGUCCAGUACCUGCAGUUUAUGUAUCAACGUGGAUGCCUUUAUCGUCUUAAGGCGCUUGGGGAGCGUCACAAUAUGGAUAUUACAAUCGAAGGAUUUCACUCCUGGAUGUGGCGUGGGCUAGGGUUCAUUCUACCCUUCCUCUUUGUUGGUUACUUUUGGGAACUUUACAAUGCAUAUACCUUAUAUCUGCUCUCCUUCACUGAUAAUGCUGAGUGGCAUGUAUCAACUCUUGCGGUCUUAUUUUUUGUAUUAUUCCUGGGCAACACGCUUACUACCAUUUCCAUCAUACCCCAGAAGAUUAAAGAACGAAUGAAAUUGAAAUACCGUUUCACACGCCUGGACAAGUAUAUCUGGACACAUAAAAAGCAGAAAGUCUCAUUCAGGAAUCCUGAGUCCCCCCAGAGACGAACACCAGCUGCUCGAGCUGCAUCUUUCAACAGGAAGAAGACAGAAGUUAGAGAAGAAGAAGAAAAUGUCUCCAAGUGUCAAGAACAGCAGGCAAACUCCAUAGUGAUAGACCCCAAAGUUUCCAAAGAUGUAGAAGAUCAAAAUUCUGAAGCCCAGCAUUUCAAUGACAUGCUGGAUGAGUUGACCAAAGACAUAGAUUUCGUGGAGGUUGAUAAAGAGAAUGAAGAGGAACCUGAGGAAGAUGACCUUGAUGACCAAGUGACUGAUGAAGCUCGUAAUGUAAAAGAAGGUGAAACAGUCAGUGAAUUUUCUGAUGAAACAAAGAAAGAAAAAUAGAUGAUUCAUUUGGAAGAGAAAAGUUUAUAUUUGAUAAUAAAAUCAAAACAAAGCACACAGCCAUAAUGUACCCACCUUCCAAACUCUUAUUUAAUAAGAAGCACAUUUCCAUAUUUUUUGGAUGGAUGAAGUAAGCUAUAUUUCUAAAGUAUAAAAUAUGUAAAAAAAAAAAAAAAAAAAAAGAUGAAAAAAAGAAAAAAAAAAUAUAUUUUUGCUGUUACCUUCCCAAAUAACCUAAAGAGUAAGAUGUUUAUGGAUUGUCAGGAAUACCAUGAGCAAUGGUAAGGAUUCAUGUGUAAGGUAUGUUAAUUAAGGCCUUAAGAAAUUAGAAUGAAUUAAGUAACCUCACAGUAUGGAAUGCUAGGGACUGUACAAUAUGCCAGAAAAGAAGUGUGUGUGUCUAUAACCCUUUCGCAAAGUAUGGAAAAUAAAAAAACAAAACAUCUGUUUCUCACUCCUCUUUAUUAUCCUCUCUCUCUCUCUCUUCCUCUCUCUCUCUCUCUUUCUCU